CCUCCACUCCACGGCACCUUCCCCGACCGCGCAAGCCUCCUCGACGGGGUCGGACAAAAGAAAAAAAUCCGGCGGGGGAGGGAGGGAGGGAAGUGGGAACCAACCGCCGGCGCACACGUCUCCCCAGCCGGCCGGAGGCGAUGGCGUCCCGUGCCCGUAGGGGCGCCCGCCCCCUGCCGCGCCUCUGGCUCCUCCUCCUGCUCGUGCUGGCCACGGGGCUGCCGCGGGGCGGGGCGGUGGGGCUGAAGCUGCCGUUCAGCCCCGGGGACGUCCUCCCGAUCCUGCCGCGGCAGGUGGCGUGGCCCGUGAUGAACACCCUCCACAGCGCCGUCGACCUCCUGCCCUCCUUCGUCGCCGCCGUGGCCCCGGCCGCACCCUCCCCCGCCGUCUGGAACGGCUCCUGCUUCGCCGUGAACGAGGCGGCCCUUGAGCUCACCCCCGGCGACCGCAACGGUACCGAGAUCGGCGGCGCGGUGCUCCGCCUCAAGACUGGUUCUGCUCAAAGCUGGACGUGCAUGGAUCUUUAUGUGUUUGCAACACCAUAUAGGAUAACAUGGGAUUACUAUUUUGCGGCUCGAGAACACACUUUGGAGAUAACGUCAUGGGAGGAAGAAGCAGAGCUCGAAUAUGUUAAGCAGCAUGGUGUGUCUGUUUUUCUCAUGCCUUCUGGGAUGCUUGGAACUUUGUUAUCUUUGAUUGAUGUCCUGCCCUUGUUUUCGAAUACUGGAUGGGGUCAAAAUUCCAACUUGGCCUUUUUAGAGAAGCACAUGGGAGCUACAUUUGAGAAACGUUCUCAACCUUGGGUUGCUAAUAUUAUGAAGGAGGACAUACAAUCUGGUGACUUUUUGGCUCUGUCAAAGAUUCGAGGGCGAUGGGGUGGGUUUGAGACAUUAGAGAAAUGGGUAACUGGUGCAUUUGCUGGGCAUACUGCUGUGUGCUUGAAAGAUGAGAAGGGUGACCUCUGGGUUGCAGAAUCAGGCUUUGAAAAUGAAAAGGGAGAGGAAAUUAUUGCUAUAGUUCCUUGGGAUGAAUGGUGGGAAAUGGCACUGAAGGAUGGAUCAAAUCCUCAGAUAGCCCUUUUGCCAUUACACCCUGAUAUACGCUCUAGAUUCAACGAAAGUGCCGCAUGGGACUUUGCACGGAGCAUGGUCGGAAAGCCGUAUGGCUAUCAUAAUAUGAUAUUUAGCUGGAUUGAUACAAUAGGAGAUAAUUAUCCACCUCCUCUUGAUGCUAAUCUGGUAAUGGCUGUUAUGUCAAUGUGGACUAGAUUACAACCACUUUAUGCUGCGAACAUGUGGAAUGAAGCCCUGAACAAACGACUUGGGACUGAGGGUUUGGACCUUCAGGGUAUCAUUCUUGAGACUGAAAAGCGUGGCAUGUCUUUCGAUCAGUUGCUCACCGUCCCUGAACAAGAUGAAUGGGUAUACAGUGAUGGUAAAUCAACUACUUGUGUUUCUUUCAUUCUUGCGAUGUACAAGGAAGCUGGGGUGUUUGCUCCUUUCACAGAAUCAAUUCAGGUCACCGAGUUCACUAUACGGGACGCAUAUAUGCUCAAGAUAUUUGAAGACGACCGGACCAGGCUCCCAAACUGGUGUCAUACCGAGGCAGACAAGCCUCCCUUCUGCCAGAUACUUGGGGAGUACAGAAUGGAGCUACCAGAGUACAACACGAUAAAGCCGUACGCAAAAAUGAAUGAGAACUGCCCAUCCUUACCCCCGACGUACAAGCGACCAUCGCGCUGCUGACAUGAGACGGCAUACAUAGGCGACUGCCUAUGUUUCCGGUGCUUAAAUUAUGUAAACAAACUACGCUGUAUAUAGAUGUUUGAUACAGAUAGCAGUAUCCACGGGUUAGCAAAAAGGCAGUGCAUAGUUUUCUGCCAGUUAGCGUAGCAGUUUCUGAACCCAGGCUUCCAAUGUGAACCUGGAUAGAGGAUUUGCUCGCAUAGAUAGAACUUUCGAACCAUAGCAUGAAAACUUGUUGAUGAUGAUCUUGGCUUCAUGAAAUAAAAUCCUCCAUGUAUUCUCAAA